AUGUCCGCUUUUUCUGGCUGCCAAAAGGCAACAAGGGAACCAUUUCGUUCAGUUGCAUCCUCCCCCUGCGCAGUGCGCUCACCACGUCGGUCACUUUCUGCAUUUUCGGCGUUGCUUUUCGUUGCACUGCUUCAUCUCACCUGCCAGUCGGCUAAGUCUAGCCCCGGCUUCCCUCGACCGGCCCUCCAGACGGCCUCGUGUGGACAUCUCCGACCAUUCGAUGGCCCGCCACUUUCCACCCAGCCACUCGUUCGUGUCCACCUUCCUGUGGUGUCGGCGGGUAGCGGCUGUAGCGUCCAGCUACUGACUUCACACGGGGAUAGACCAUGGCGUCAGCAACUGGCUUUGUCCUUUCAGAAUUCUUGGUUAUUUGCAGAAGCAAAGUGCCCAGUGGAAUACAUGCCUUGCAAAACUUGGCGCCUGCAGCCACCGGGACCGUAUUUGUUUAUUCGCUGUAGCUACAGCGGUCGUCAUGCUUCUCGAGAUCAGCUCGGGUAUUCAGGACUGGAGUCUCGUCUGAGACAAUUUUCAUCUGGGAGACUGCUGACACCCUGGGCCAGGCGCUUCUCAGUUCAAGACAAACGAACCAGAGGACGGACACGUUCUCGUCGCCAGGCGCUUACUGACAGCCAGCGAAUGAGCAGUUCAAGUCUCCACGAUUACCCUCCCUGUGCUCCGCUUCCCACUGGUUGCCUUGCUGGCUGUUCGACGGGAGUCUUGAGCAGCCUCGCCAGCUCCCCUGACCGAACGGCAGGUUCUGCUUUUCUGCCUGCAUUUGGCGGGGCCGGCCCCGCGAGUGGUUUUUGCUACUCGACGCUGUUCGGCAGCCGGAGCAGCACGAGCAACCCGAAACAGGUGGCGCAGCAAGGAGCUCAAAAGAGUGGCAAACAGGGCACGAGCACCUUCUCAGCGUCUGGGAAAAUCGUAUCGGCUCUGCCUGGAGGAUACUUUAUGGUCGAACUGACCGCUGUGACCUCUCAGCCACGAAGCCACGGCGCGUCUUCCGCUGGCCCCUAUUCGCCCCCACCUAUUGUCACACCCCCUGCUCUGGUGGGGAAGCAAAUGCUGUGCAGUUUGGGCGGCAAGUUGCGUCUAAACAGAAUUCGCGUGCAACUUUUCGACGUGGUAGACGUCGAAUUCUGUCCCCUUGACCCCACACGUGGCCGCAUUGUGUAUCGGCGGAAACCAACGGCUCAAGACACGUCGUCUUCGCAUCCCAGUUGA